AUGUCUCUCUAUGACAUAGUCCUGGGGAUCAUCUUCUUUUCUCAGACUGGAGUUGGGGUCCUGGGCAACUCCUUACUCUUCUGCUUUUAUGUCUUUACUUUGUUUAGCAGCCACAGGUCAAGGCUAUUGGACCCCAUUCUGGUCCAACUAACACUGACUAACACCAUAGUGCUCCUCUCUAAAGGAUGCCCACUAGUAAAUUUCUAUUUUGGGGAUGUUUAUUUCCUGGGAAACUUAGGCUGUCAAAUGGUAUUUUACUUCCAAAGGAUGAGCCGGGGCCUUGCUGCCUGUACCACGUGUCUCCUGAGUAUCUUUCAGGCUGUCACUAUUAGUCCCAGCAGCUCUAGGUUGGCCAAACACAAAGUCAGAGUUCUGAAGCUCAUCAGGCCCUCGUGUCUCCUCUGCUGGAUAUUCAACAUGAUCAUAGAAGUAAACGUGCCCUUUCAUAUAACUGGAUCAACGAGGAUCAACAGCAGCCACACAGGGGGAUUUGAAGUCCUUUAUUGCUACUGGGAAAAGGUGUUAAAGGAAGUAACCAUCCUGCCCUCCCUGCGAGACAUCCUUUGUGUUGGAGGCAUGGUCUGGGCCAGCGGCUACAUAAUAGUUCUGCUGUACAGACAUCAACGGAAAGUCCAGCACAUUCACCGCACGAGCCUCUCACAGAAGACUUCUCCAGAGAUCAGGGCCACCCAAACUGUCCUGCUGCUGCUGAGCAUCUUUGUUUCUGCUUACUGCAUCAGCUGUGGCUUCACACUGUACAAAGUGUAUGUGACUCAUUCUGGUGACUGGUUGGUGGUCGUGUCUACUUUCACCGCCUUGUGUUUCCCAACCAUCAGCCCCUUUUUGCUCAUUCACAGGGACAGUCAGAUCUUCAGCUCCUGCUGUGCCUCCUGGCAGAAGUCAAUUCUCAAUUCUUGGAAUAGCUGUGGGGAUUUCCAAGUCGAUUCAUCUCUGGAUCAAAUUUCUUAG